ACUGGAUUCCAGGACCUGGGAUCAUGACCUGAGCUGAAGGCAGAUGCUUAACUGAACGAGCCACCCAGGCAGCCCACUUUUCAUAAUUUCUAAGAGUCCUUAUGAUUUCACAUGUUUUUGCUGAACUUGUAAAAGAGGCACUUGGAUGAUGGAUUAACAAGUACGUUGAGAUUCUGUGAAAAGUUUCAAAUCGGAGAGUAUUCAAUUUUCACCCUAGUCCGGCAGCUGUGCUGCUCACUUAAAUACAGAUGAAUGAAGACCCCAUUCGGGAAGACACCUGGCCAGCGGUCCAGAGCGGAUGCAGGCCAUGCUGGUGUGUCUGCAAGCAUGAUGAAGAAAAGGACUUCCCACAAAAAACAUCGGAGCAGUGUGGGGCCGAGCAAACCUGUUUCCCAGCCCCGGCGGAACAUCGUAGGCUGCAGGAUUCAGCAUGGGUGGAAGGAGGGGAGUGGCCCUGUCACCCAGUGGAAAGGAACCGUUCUGGACCAGGUGCCUGUAAAUCCUUCUUUGUAUCUUAUAAAAUACGAUGGAUUUGACUGUGUUUAUGGACUAGAACUUAAUAAAGAUGAAAGAGUUUCUGCGCUCGAAGUCCUCCCUGAUAGAGUUGCGACCUCUCGAAUCAGCGAUGCACACCUGGCCGACACGAUGAUCGGCAAGGCGGUAGAGCACAUGUUUGAGACGGAGGACGGCUCCAAGGAUGAGUGGAGGGGGAUGGUCCUAGCACGUGCCCCCAUCAUGAACACAUGGUUCUACAUCACCUACGAGAAGGACCCUGUCUUGUACAUGUACCAGCUCUUAGAUGAUUAUAAAGAAGGCGACCUUCGCAUUAUGCCCGAUUCUAAUGAUUCUCCUCCAGCAGAAAGGGAACCGGGAGAAGUUGUGGACAGCCUGGUAGGCAAACAGGUGGAAUAUGCCAAAGAGGACGGCUCUAAAAGGACUGGCAUGGUCAUUCAUCAAGUGGAGGCCAAACCGUCUGUCUAUUUCAUCAAGUUUGAUGACGAUUUCCAUAUUUAUGUCUACGAUUUGGUGAAAACAUCCUAGAUGUCAUCAUGAACUUGGCCAAAUUUGUGGAACUAUUAAAUGUAUAAUUUGUAGA